AUGAAGUCUUUAUUAUUUAUUUCCCUUUCCCUGUUCCUUGCUGGCCUAGGAACAGCCAGUAAAGGAACACCCAGUUAUUCCGGUGUUAUGCCUACCUAUACAACUCCUCUUACUAAAGGAGCUCCGCCCGUACAAGGUCAAACUAAAGGACUUCCGCCCAAUAUCAGCCAAGUUUUAUCAAAAGGACUUCCUCCGCCAGCGGAUAAUGUUACUACCUUAAGUGAACCAGAUCCAGAUGCAAAAAAAGGCAAAGAACCAUCUCCCACUCCCCUUGACCCCAUCAAAUUGAUCGAAUCAUUAUCAUCAAGUUGUCAAGCCGCUUUACUUAGCAUCGUAGCAAACCCAGAAUUCUUUGAAUGCGUACCAAUCACAGCGUUUUUGCCAUUGUUACCGGUUCUAGCCGAUCCAACUGCCAUUCCAAAAAUGUUACAAGAUCCUGCUAAAAAUAUACCUCCAGUAUUGGGACCGGUAUUUGAUGGUGUUUGUGCUGCACCUAAAUGUUCUGACAAAGGUGUUGCCACCUCUCUUAAAGCCUUAAAUGAUGGCUGUAAGGCUGAUGAGAAGAAUGUAAUUAUAGAAAUCGCGACUGCUGUCGUCACAUUCUAUUCGCCGAUUAGAGAUACGAUCUGCUUCAAAGACACAAAAAAAGAGUACUGUGUAUUCGAAACUUUGGAUAAAGUGACUGCCUUACCUAAACCUCCAUUUAAGCUUAUCGAUGGUGGUUUGAUUGAUUCCCUCGCCUUUGCUGAACCUAAAGAGAUCUGCACUCCAUGCAACAAAGCCAUAGUCAACACUAUUUUUAACUUCCUCAACGCUGAUACAAAUCAUUCCGUAGAAUAUUUAGGACAACUUGGUAUCCCUCCACUUUUCUUACAAGUCGGUAAACUUGUUAUCGGACUCAAAUGUGGUUUUCAAUUCUUGGACGGUAAAGUUGGAAAACCAGAAGAUACCGAUCCAGAAGAUUUCAAUUAUCAAUUAGCUCAAGAAUUAGUUGCUCCAACCGGUGACUCCAGCAUCAAAGGAGUUAGUUUGACGACAAUGAUCGGUGCUUUAUUG